GUAUGACCAUUCAUAUGAUUUUUGAUUCGUGUUGCAUACAAUGCCUAAAUACCCGGAUCAUAUACGAAGUCAAAGCUUAAGAAAUCAUACCAUAAUCUCAUUGAAAGCGUAGCAAAUACAAUGAUAUGGAUUUACUUAUCUUAAACCUAUUGGUUUUCGCGAGUGCCGCCGUUCAGAGUGGGACCAAAACGAAAUCCAGUCGACCCAAGGACUUUGUGACCUCAAAGGCGGAUCGAAUGGAGCUGCUGCUGCUGGACAGGGAGCUGAUCUCAAACCUCGUGCAAUAUACUGAAGAGUUGCAGAACAAAGUCCACGUGCUGCAGCGAUUUUCAAUGGCGAUGAGCAUUCCCCUCGAGGCAGCGAAGGGCAGGGAGGAGGAGUACCUGUCGAAUCCGCUUCACAGUUUUCGCCUCAUUCGCCAUAUGCACGAGGACUGGCGGCAAUUAGAGAAGUUCAUGCGGCAGCCUGGGGGGCAGGAUCAGAUUAAUUUUCUCAAGGAGAAGACAAUGGAACUUGCUUCAAGAGAAGAUGCCGAGGAUGCCACGGAGGCCAUCUACCGCAUUGUGCGCACCUAUGAUGUGCAGCCAGCGCAUCUCGUCGAGGGGCUAAUCGAUGGCGUGCAGUACAACGGUAGCAUUUCAGCCAUCGACUGCUUCUCCCUUGGAACGCUGCAUUUUCAGUGGGGGGAGUACGACAAGGCCGCCCAAUUCCUGUCCUUCUCCUUAGAAAUGGUAGAACCAGAGUAUUAUUCGGUGUACGAUGUGCUGGGAUUUGCCUCAAGCGAGGUCUUCAUGCUCCUGGCCCGUUGUCUCGUGGAGAUGGACCUGGAAGACGACGCUCGAACGACACUGAUGGCCCACCCCACUUUGGCGGAUCAUUCGGAGCGACUGCUCACCCUCUACACAAACACGCGGCACGUCCAAGUUUCGGAGGAACUGAAGCCCGACCUAACUGAGGGAUUCAAAAAGAUUUGUCGAUCCUCCCAUCAAAAUAAACCCUCACGCCUUCACUGUCGCUACAAUGCCACAACCACACCCUUCCUGCGCCUGGCCCCCCUACGCAUGGAGGAGCUGUCGCUGCAUCCCUACAUCGUGGUCUACCACAAUGUCGUCUCCGACGCGGAAAUUGCAGAAUUGGAGCGCGUCGCAGAGCCGCUUCUAGUCCGCGCUGAAUUUGGCGACAUGAACAUGAACCUGAAAUACAAGGUGCGCACCGCCCUAGGAGCUUGGAUCCCGGACUAUGUCUCGGGCUUGCCAGUGGUACAACGUGUCCUCAGGCGCAUACACGACAUGACAGGGUUGAUCAUGACCGAUCAUCAGUUCUUGCAACUGAUAAAAUACGGAUUCGGGGGCCACUACGAUCUCCAUUUCGACUACUUUAAUUCCACCCAGCCAAUCACCCAGGCCAUGGGCGACCGCAUGGCCACUGUCCUCUUCUAUCUUAACGAUGCUAGACACGGCGGCGCCACUGUCUUUUCCCACCUACAGCUGAAGGUUCCAUCGGAGCGUGGAAAGGUCCUAUGCUGGUACAAUAUGCGCGGGGAGACACACGAUCUGGAUAUGCAGACCGAACAUGGUGCUUGCCCCGUUAUCGAUGGCACCAAAACGGUCCUGUCCUGCUGGAUACACGAGUGGGAUCAAAUGUUUAUUCAGCCCACCUACGUCCCAGGGAAUAGAACAUUCUUCAAUGAGCUUUUUAAUGAAUUUGAAGGUUAAAAGCUUAAAAAAUCCCAUUUAUAUGUAAUACCAUACAGAAACUCCAACGAUAUGAAUUUUGAGCUGAAUUUUAUAUAAAACGAGAAGGAACGUGUGAGUCGCUUCUGGGGACGCGACUCUACUUAUACCCGUACU